UGGUGUUUGGCCGGGCAUGGACUUCGUGUAGAUCGAGAACCCUGCCUCCACCCCCCCCGCCGCCCUCUGUCUCUCUCUCCUGAUCUGGUUUAGAAAAUGAAAUGGGGCUCGUUCUUCGUGGGCAUGAACCAUGAAUUGGGGUGGUUAAAGAUCUGAAAUUUGCUAUUUUCUUCAUUGUAUUAAUUUGUUCACAAAGAAUCCGGAAAUGGGUUGGAAGUAUAACGCUGGGUUACUCCUCAUUGGUACAACAGUUAUCAUAUGGGUUACCUCUGCUGAAGUUACACAGAAAAUAUUUACAGACUAUAGACAACCAUUUGCUCUUACUUAUUUGGGAGCCUCUCUUAUGGUUGUUUAUCUUCCAAUAGCAGCUAUCAAGGAUAUUACAUGCAAGUUAAUGAGGAAACGUUCAGCUAAGAGCAAAGGAAGUGUUGAAACUCUUGAUAAAUCAACAGGAAUUGGUUCACCUCUGAAACUUAUUGGUGCCGACAAGGUUUUUGAAAUGGAAAUGCAAAGCACUUUGACCAGAAAGGAUAGUGAAUUAGAUCUUUCUGCUCAAGAGGAGGGAAGGCCAUUGAUAGCAAAACACAAAGACAAUUUGGACUCAUUGAAGCAAAGUAAGGAGCUUACGACAAUGGAAAUUGCUAAGUUCAGCUUUUAUAUUGCCCCUAUUUGGUUUGCAACUGAGUAUUUGUCAAAUGCUGCACUGGCCCGAACAAGUGUUGCAAGUACAACAGUGUUAUCUUCAACUUCAGGCCUCUUCACACUCUUUUUUAGUGCUCUCUUGGGGCAAGACAGCCUCAAUGUCUCCAAAGUUGUUGCUGUAUUUGUGAGUAUGGCUGGUGUUGUAAUGACAACUCUUGGAAAAACAUGGGCUACUGAUGAGACACAGACAAGUACAGCAAGUGAUGGGAAGCGUUCACUUGUUGGUGAUCUAUUUGGUCUCCUCUCAGCUGUAACAUAUGGUCUAUUCACUGUGCUUUUAAAAAAGUUUUCUGGGGCAGAAGGAGAAAAGAUUGAUGUGCAGAAAUUUUUCGGAUAUAUUGGAUUGUUUACACUCGUUGCCCUUUGGUGGCUUGUGUGGCCAUUAACUGCCUUGGGGAUCGAGCCGAAAUUCACCAUCCCACACUCAGCAAAAAUAGAUGAAGUCUUGCUUGCAAAUGGCUUUGUUGGGAGCGUGCUCUCAGACUAUUUCUGGGCAUUAUCAGUGGUUUGGACAACUCCUUUGGUUGCCACCUUAGGCAUGUCCCUCACUAUACCACUUGCUAUGGUUGCGGACAUGGUGAUUCAUGGCCGCCAUUUUUCAGCUGUUUAUAUUCUUGGCUCGGCUCAGGUUUUUGCAGGAUUUGUAAUAGCUAAUGUCUCAGAUAGGUGUUCUUACAAGAUGGGUUUGUAACACUAGUCAAGCUAAUUCUUUUAGCAACGGCCAUUCUUUUGUUGUGGGCUAUACCUAUUCUUUGUUGGGGUGAAGUGAAAGGAAGUCAAUCAAGGCAUCACAGAAAGAUGGGUUAUCCCUAUUCUUUGUUGGGGUGAGGCGAAAGAAAGUCAAUCAAGGCCUCACAGAAGGAAGUGUAAUUUGAGGUGUGCUUUCAUUUGAUGGGCCCCUAAAUGAAAUAAAUAUCAAGUUACAAGAUUUAACUAAUCUCUCUCUCUCUCUCACUCACACACACACACGCACGCUGCAUGCACAUGCAAACACACACAUUAUCAGUAUAGGAUGCAUUCAGUGUUAUUUCUCUGGUGUGUGGUUAUCAACACGAGAAGUUGUUUGCCCACGAGUUACUACACUAGGGCUUUUGCAUUACACAGCUUCGGAAGCAGAAGUUUGGAAUUACAUACAAUCUUUUCAUAUUUAUACUCACUAUGAGCUUUCUGGA